AUGCCAUCGAUUCCUCUGCACCCGCGGUCGGCCAAGGGCACGUUGACCGGCACCGCGGACGCCGCGCACAAUCCUCUCCCGCAGCUCCUCCAAACGCCGUCGGGUCUUGCUUUGCUUGAACUUCAAGGAACCAUCAACGUGCCCACCUCUGAAGCUGAGGGCAAUGAGCUGCAAGAUGGCCGAUCAUUACCAUCAACGACCUACGAAACACCGAUCGGCAAGCUCAUGUUCCCAGACUACUCGGUUCACAAUCCAGAUGACACCAAGUGGAUGAAACGCGUGUACUUGUACAUAGGGCGAUAUCAGCGGAUGACUGGCGAAGUGAAGAAAUUGCCGCGACCGAUUGCGGUGAUACAGAAGAGAGCCGAGACUGCCGGGUCGGAAGAAUUGGAAGUGGUGGAAAUCGUUCGAUACAAGGUGUUCUUCAAGAAUCGACCUGAGCCGGUGAAUGAUGUGUGA